AUGAAAAAGUUGACGAAAGGACCAGUCAAAAGGCAGACUUGGAAUGUAUUUUUAGUAGAGGCACGCUGUUGGCCAGAUUCGGAGUGCCGCAAGAAGGAGAAGCAGGUGGAUACACCUUUACGUGGAAAUGGAGUACGAUAUGCGCCUACACCCAUCCAUCCUACAGCGCGCGGCAACAUUCGAACGAACUUCAAGAGCUUCCGUGAUGUCGCAACGAUUGUGGUUGGUGGACAGCAUGCACCAGACUCGCUUUCACGAGGCCAAGGGCAGACGACUUACACCAUCCACAAAGACCUUCUGACUGCCGAGUCACCGUUCUUCUCGGCCGCGUUGAACGGCGCAUUCGCCGAGGGCCUCGAUCAAACAGUGCAUUUGCCUGAAGAGAAGCCAGAAACCUUCGAGUGGUUUCUAUGGUGGCUGUACACGGGCUCUCUGACCACUCCUACGCCUGGAAACUGCCACACCGAACCAAGACAUCAACGCAUGCAUGCUAUGCUGGUUGCGCCGGGUCACACGUCACCUGUACAGCACCCAAUGACCCAUACGGACGGUGAUUUGCGCAACACAGCAGGGUCACCCAAGUAUUUCUUGCUGCUCGAUCUAUACGCGCUUGCGGACAAGCUCAUGACAACUGCGCUCUGCAAUCACAUCGUUGACACGAUAGCACGACUCUCUGAGAGCACCAACUCGGUUCCUACACCGUCCGACACAUGGAUUCUUUACGAUACGGUCCGUGACAAUGCCCCGAUGCGCAAGCUGAUACUCGACCUUUUCGCAUACAAGAAGACAGACAAGUUGCUCGAGAGCCACAAAGACGAAUGGCACCCCCGGUUCCUUCGGGAGUUGGUUGUCAAGCUCAAGAGACCAGGACUCGAGUCGCUGGACAGACACUCGUUUCUACCGUGGCGACCUAACAGCUGGCAAACGACGAAAGCGUGUGAGUCUUGCAGAGAACUGCUCAAGCCAGGGCUCAGUAGUGAGAAGUGCGAGGUUUGCGACAGGGCAUUCUGCAGUGGAUGUGCACAUGCUGGCAGGGUGUCUAGCAUUGGAGGAGACGUUGGAGCUUGUAAGCCAUGGUUGAAGGGGAUGUGUUCAAGAUACCACGAGCAUGCUCCCAACGAGGAUGAGAGCAGAAGAUGCGGGAGAUGA